AUGUCUCCUGUACCGUCUGCCGAGACUGUCUCCCCUACCUUUUCCGUGAAUGAGGCUGGUUCAGUCACUAUAAUCAAGAAUAGUCCUGCACCUGGCGUGGAAGAUUUUUAUCCUAUAAACAAUCCUCGUAUUGGAACCCCUUACUCAAAGGAUACAUAUCCUCAAAACAAGACUAUUCCGAAGGUAUUUCAACCUCUUCAAAUUAGAAAUACAACAUUCAAGAAUAGAAUCUGGGCCUCCCCAAUGUGCCAGUACUCAGCCACCGACGGACAUAUGACUGAUUGGCACCUGGUUCACCUUGGUGGAUUUGCCUCUCGCGGUGUUGGCUCAGUCAUACUCGAAGCCACGGCGAUAGUGCCAGAGGGCCGCAUAUCACCCGAAUGCCCCGGAAUUUGGAGCGAUUCACAAAUAGCACCCAUGAAGCGCAUUGUUGACUUUAUCCAUGGUCAAGGCACGGUCGUUGGAAUCCAGCUCUCUCAUGCUGGGCGAAAAGCAAGCACACUCGCGCCUUGGAUCUCGGCAGCACAGAAGGCGACAGGAAAUAAGACGAUGGUCGCGACCGAGGAACAAAAUGGGUGGCCUACACAAGUGGUUGGACCAAGUGAGAUUCCAUUUGGAGAUAAUUAUCCCCGACCAAAAGCGAUGACAUUAGAGGAUAUCGAUGCUUUAGAAAAGGAUUAUAUCGAUGCUGUCGAGCGAUGCAAGUUAAUAGGCUUUGACUUUAUCGAAAUGCAUGGUGCACAUGGAUACCUACUCCAUUCAUUUUGCUCGCCCCACUCUAACAAUAGGACUGAUAUAUAUGGAGGAUCCUUGGAGAACCGUUUACGUCUUCCACUACGGAUUGUCCGAUCAGUACGCAAGGCAUGGGGAGACGAAAGGCCUCUCUUCUAUCGUGUUUCUGCCACUGAUUGGGCGGAAGUUCCGGAACAAGACACGAAUGGUGAAUGGAAAUCGUGGGGAAUCAAGCAAACUAUAGAGUUUGCCAGGAGACUCCAUGUCGAGGGUGUCGAUCUUGUAGACACGAGUUCUGGGGGAAAUUGGUCCGACCAGAAGAUACCUGUUGGACCGAUGUAUCAAGUUCCUUUUGCGGAAAGCAUCAAACAAGCAAUCCCAGAACUAAUCGUGGGAAGCGUUGGGUUAAUCACGACCCCACAACAAGCAGAAGAAAUCCUUUGCGAGGGCAAAGCUGAUGUAGUGAUGUUAGGACGAGAACUACUCAGGCAUGUGGAUUUUCCGAUUUAUGCAGCUCAAGAGUUAGGGGUUGUCGUAAAACCUGCGAACCAGUACGAGCGUGCGUGGACCCGAAUGAUGAAACCCAAGGAUUAG